AUGCGGCAGCAAUACACACCGGACCAGUCCCGGAACGGCUGUAAGGCGCCAGUGUUUCGGGGCGCCGCCUUUGGCAGACACCCUUUUCCCUGCCCGAAACAUUUGAAAGAAACGAACCCCGAUCUACCGCUCGGUAUUCAGCCCCAAUGCAAUUGUGGACAACUUCGCCGAUCGGCCGUGUCAGAACGCCUGGGAUUUGUUUCAGCGCGGCGUCGCAGUCGCAGCAGAGGGUCCGUGCCUGGGUACGCGAGUGAGGAAGCCGGACGGGACGCUCGGCCCGUACCAAUGGAAAACCUAUCGGCAGGUGAGAAGCCACGCUUCACACAGAAACGCCGCCGUGUGGUUUCUUCCUAUUGGAGUUCUUUUCGUGACCCCGUUACACAUCUGCGGAAAGACUCUUCCGAAUGCGUCAGAAGAGUGGAGCGACUCGCGCUGCAAGUAGGUAGCGCCGUCAUGAGUCUCCCGGACGCAGUCCCGAAGCUUCACUUCGAGGAGGAGACCUUCGAAAAGGACAUGCGCUUCUUGGCCUUCUACAGCCGAAACCGCGAAGAAUGGGUGAUCUGCGAGCAGGCGUGCAACGCCUACGGCAUCACGAUUGUCCCGCUCUACGACACUCUUGGACCCGAGAGCACGGCGUACAUUCUCACGCAAACGCGGCUGCGCUCGGUCGUGGCGUCUGAGGAGUGUGCGUCUCGCCUCUUGGAGUCGAUGGAGGCUGCGAAGACGCGCGCCGCUGAACAGACCGAAAACGACAAGGCGACACACACGACGGCAGAGGACGGAGAGAAGAAAGAAGAGGGAAAGGAGAACAAAGAAGGACAGGAGAAAGACGGACAAGAGAAAGACGGACAAGAGAAAGAAGGGAAGGAAGGAGAUAAAGAGCCGAAGGCAGCGGAAGGCGGGGAGCGAGAGAAGGCUGGAGGAGCUCAGACGGUGGAUGCGAUUUUCGUCAAGUAUCUUUUUCUCAUGGAUGAUCCGGGAGCGCCUGCGAAGGAUCUACUCGAACGCGCAGAGAAGCUGGGUGUUCAGGUCUUCACGUGGAAUCAACUGCUUGAAAUGGGGAAAGAAAAUCCGAUGCCGCUGACUGACGACGUCGUCGCGACGCUGUCGACAGUCAGCACAGUCUGCUACACAUCCGGCACCACCAGCAGUCCCAAGGGUGUGCUCAUGUCCCACGGCAAUUUCGUCGCGACGGUCGCUGGAGCUGUGCGCGGACCGCUGACGGUGCCGCAAAUGACCCUCCACGCAGGAGACACGUACCUCUCGUAUCUCCCCCUCGCUCACGUCUACGAGCGGUCGCUGCAAAACAUUCUUUUCUCGCUGGGCGGCAGCGUCGGGUUCUACGCAGGCAACACUCUCAAGCUCCUGGAAGACAUCCAAGAGUUGGAACCUGCCGUCUUCAGUAGUGUCCCUCGUCUGUUCAAUCGGAUCCACGACCGCGUUUUCGACAGCGUCAGAGACAAAUCCGCGAUCGCUCAGUCGCUCUUCAGUCAAGGGCUUAGCACGAAGAUCAGGAAGAUCAAGGCCACGGGGUCGCCGGUUCACGCCAUGUGGGACAAGCUCGUCUUCAACAAGACAAAAGUGCUGCUCGGAUCCAAGCUGCGAUACAUGCUAGUCGGCUCCGCACCCCUCGAUGCAUAUGUCCACGAAAAAAUCGAAGCCCUCUUCAGCGUCCCGCUCGUCGAGGGCUACGGGAUGACGGAGACGAUGGCCGCCUCCUUUAUCUCCCUGGCGGGGGAGAACACGGCGGGUCACAUUGGAGGCUGCUGUCCCUGCAUCGAGUUCUGCUUGUCCGACAUCAGCGACGAAAUGCCUCAACACCGCAUCGACGAUCCCGAACAUCCCGCCGGCGAGUUGUGUCUCCGCGGGCCGACAGUCACUCCCGGCUACUUCCGCAAUCGCGACGAGACAGCAAAGACGUUCGACGCAGACGGGUGGCUGCACUCCGGUGACGUCGCCGUGAUCGUCCCGGGCUGCAACGCGGUGAAAAUCAUCGACAGAAAAAAGAACAUUUUCAAACUCUCGCAGGGAGAAUACGUGUCUCCAGAGAAGAUCGAAAACAUCUACAUUCAAGCGCCGCUCGUCGCCCAAGCAUUUGUCACAGGCUCCUCCACGCAGUCCUGCUUGGUGGCCAUCAUCGUCCCUGACGCCGCCAAGGCCGAAAAGUGGGCGGCGCAACGUGGCCUCGCCGACAGGACUCUGCAGACUGUCUGUACACUGCCCGAGUUCCAUCAUGCCGUGGCAGAAAGCAUGGCGGCCGUCGCGAAGGAGCACCAGUUGAAGGGGUUUGAAGUCGUCAAGCACUUCCGCCUCGUCAGCGAGCCGUUCUCCAUCGAGAAUGGGCUGUUGACGCCGACCAUGAAAAUCAAACGCUACGUCGCCUCAGAGCGAUUCGCCAAGGACAUUAACGCUCUCUAUUUGCGGACGGGACCGGGGAGAACAAAGGAGAUCUAG